AUGUGGGUGGCUAAUUAUGACAGGCUCCCAACGAGGGCAAGGCUGGCGUCAUGGGGGGUUCCUAUCUCGCCUCUCUGUCCUCUCUAUUCCAGUUACCCAGAAACUCGUGAUCAUUUGUUCCUGGAGUGCAACUACAGCCUUCUGGUGUGGAAGGAAGUAUUUAUAAGAUGCUCACAGUCUGCCACUGUCAUCUUAAACUGGUCCGAGCUUUUGUCAUGGAUCAGAACCUCCGCAACAGCCAAGCUCUCCUUUCUUAAAAAGAUUGCAGCUCAAGUGGUUAUCUCUCACAUAUGGAAGCAGAGGAACAAUCUGAUACACAACAAGAUUUCUAUUCCUGCUCCCAUUGUGUUUCAUGCUAUUGAUAGAGAUGUUAAGAACAUCAUCUCGGCUAGAAGACAUAAGAAAGCUUACCGUGAUCUUAUGGCUAUUUGGCUUAGUUGA